AGGAGGGUCACAAAACUAACUACAUAAAGUCAAACCGAACACUGUAAACUGUAUUAGUGAUUUUUCGAGUUUCUCUCACACACGACUUAAUCCAUACGGCUCAUCAAACCACUACCAAGUAUUCUCGCCAUGAACUCAAUCAUGCGUCUUCGUUGUGUCAUGUUAUUUGCAAUUUUUUCCUUUGGUCUCAUCAUUUCAUUACAUGCUGCGUCAUCCUCAGAGACAUCAGAGGCGGACAACGAGGAGGUGGGGGACGAGGAUGAUGAUGCCAUUGACGAGGUUUUGAACAGUUAUAGCCCGAUGACAAGUCUUCGAUGCAGGCUUACUGAACCUUAUUUAUUAAACUGUUUACAAAAAAAAGAAACUGGUGAAUAUGAAUUUCAUCCAUUCUAUUCUGAUGUCGUUGAAGAUGCAGAAAAAUUAAUAAAAGCCGGCAAAGAUGGCGACGCAAGCAAAAAGUUAAUCACUGCAACACAAGCUAUGGUGGUUUGUGAAGAAGUCGACUGUGUGGAUGUGCUCAAAGACAAAGAAGCAGUGGAUAGUAUGUGGGAAAAUUGGGGUGAAGUCACAGACCAAGCAAAAGAGGGUGUUCUAGAAAAAAUAAAAGAUGUCGUCGAAAAGUUCAUAACAGCAGUAAAGGAUGAAAAUAACUAGAAAAAAAAAAAUUCAACAUUUAUAUUUUUAAUUAACAAUGUUUUGUUUUAUAUAAAGAUAAACUUUAAAUGAUUGUUGUUAAUUGUUAUAUUAUACAUUUUAUGUUAUUAUUUUGUCAUAUACGAAAUAUUAUACGUCAUAUUGUUCACUAUUUAA